UCGCGCCGCUGCCGGGGGCCCAGGUUUCUGUCGCCCUGGCCAUAUUCUCCUCCCCGAGCUACCGGACACGCAAGACAGUGGGGCGAGGCCGGUUUUACCGGGAGAGCUGUCACUCUGAGGCGCUCCCCUGUACCAGGAGGGCUCCUCGCGGAGGGGGACUACUUUCCCCCCGCCCCUCCGCGGAGGAGCUACUUCUGCCGCGCGGAGGCGUCGAGCGCAGCGGCGCGCACGGCAUGGCGGCGGCGGCGCGCGCCUGAGCAGAGGGGACGCCGGCGCGGUAAGGCCUCGGCGCGGCCUACACGCUUCGCUCGCCCGCUUCCCGCUCCGCGCCCGGCCAUGGCGGAGCCUUCGCCCGCCCGACGCCCGGUGCCCCUCAUCGAAUCGGAGCUGUACUUCCUCAUCGCCCGGUACCUAUCGGCGGGCCCGUGUCGCAGAGCUGCCCAGGUGCUGGUGCAGGAGCUGGAGCAGUACCAGCUGUUGCCGAAGAGGUUGGACUGGGAGGGCAACGAGCACAGCAGGAGCUACGAGGAAUUGGUCUUGUCCAAUAAGCAUGUGGCUCCUGACCACCUGUUGCGAAUCUGCCAGCGCGUCGGCCCUAUGCUGGAUAAGGAGAUCCCACCCCGUGUUCCAGGAGCCACUUCUUUACUUGGUGCAGGAAGGCAGUCUGUGCUACGCACAGCAAAAGACUGCAGGCACACAGUUUGGAAGGGCUCUGCCUUUGCUGCUCUUCACAGAGGAAGACCUCCUGAAAUGCCGGUGAAUUAUGGUUCUCCACCAAAUAUUGUGGAGAUACAUCGAGCAAAACAACUCACAGGGUGCUCCACUUUUAGCACAGCGUUUCCAGGAGCUAUGUAUCAGCAUAUAAAAAUGCACAGGAGGAUUCUUGGACAUCUGUCUGCUGUUUACUGUGUAGCAUUUGAUAGGACAGGACAUAGGAUCUUUACAGGAUCAGAUGAUUGUUUGGUGAAGAUUUGGUCAACACAUAAUGGCCGCCUGUUGUCCACAUUAAGAGGUCAUUCUGCAGAAAUCUCAGAUAUGGCAGUAAACUAUGAGAAUACAAUGAUUGCUGCAGGAAGCUGUGAUAAAAUCAUCAGAGUGUGGUGCUUGCGAACUUGUGCCCCGGUUGCUGUGCUCCAAGGACACACGGGAUCAAUUACAUCUUUACAGUUUAGCCCAAUGGCCAAAGGACCUCAAAGAUACAUGGUCUCCACUGGUGCUGAUGGGACAGUGUGCUUCUGGCAGUGGGAUUUAGAGUCCUUAAAGUUCAGUCCACGGCCCCUGAAGUUCACUGAAAAGCCUCGGCCAGGUGUUCAGAUGCUUUGUUCUUCUUUUAGCGUUGGUGGUAUGUUUUUAGCUACCGGUAGUACUGAUCAUGUAAUCAGAAUGUAUUUUUUGGGUUUUGAAGCACCCGAAAAAAUCGCAGAACUUGAAAGUCACACGGAUAAAGUUGAUAGUAUCCAAUUUUGUAACACUGGUGAUCGGUUCCUAAGUGGUAGCAGAGAUGGAACAGCACGGAUUUGGAGAUUUGAGCAGUUAGAAUGGAGAAGCAUUUUACUGGAUAUGGCUACCAGAAUCUCAGGAGACUUAAGUUCGGAAGAGGAAAGGUUUAUGAAACCCAAAGUAACAAUGAUAGCGUGGAAUCAAAAUGAUAGCAUUGUUGUCACAGCUGUGAAUGAUCAUGUCCUCAAAGUGUGGGAUUCUUACACUGGACAACUGCUUCAUAACUUACUGGGACAUGCCGAUGAAGUAUUUGUUCUGGAGACACAUCCCUUUGAUUCCAGAAUUAUGUUAUCUGCAGGACACGAUGGCAGCAUAUUUAUAUGGGAUAUUACCAAAGGCACCAAGGUGAAGCAUUACUUCAACAUGAUUGAAGGGCAAGGACAUGGAGCUGUGUUUGACUGUAAGUUUUCACAGGACGGACAGCAUUUUGCCUGUACAGAUUCUCAUGGGCACCUUCUGAUAUUUGGCUUUGGAUGCAGCAAACCAUAUGAAAAGAUUCCUGAUCAGAUGUUCUUCCACACCGACUACCGACCACUGAUUAGAGACUCUAACAACUAUGUCUUAGAUGAGCAGACUCAGCAGGCUCCUCAUCUCAUGCCGCCACCGUUCUUGGUAGAUGUGGAUGGGAACCCUCACCCAACCAAGUACCAGAGAUUAGUACCCGGUCGAGAAAACUCAGCAGAUGAACAUUUGGUUCCACAGCUAGGCUAUGUGGCCACAAGUAAGUGCAGACUUUUAUUUGAAAAAUUUAAACAAUAGUACAAAUAAGCCAGACUGUGUGUGAGCUGAUGGCUUACACCUAUGAUCCUAACCGAUUGGGAGGAUCUGGUUCCAGGCCAGCCUGGCAAAUAGUUUGUGAGACCUCAUCUCCAAAAUAACCAGAGCAAAAUGGAUUGGAGGUGUAGUAGCCUGAGAGGAAGAGCGCCUGCUUUGCAAGCACAAAGCUCUGAGUUCAAAAAUAAAAAAAAAGAGUCUAAAUAAUGCCUAUCUCUUAGGCUCACCAGGCAUUAGUAUUUGACAGUAUUUGUUUUAGCUUUUCUAUAGGUACUGUAUUGAACUUUGUGAGAAUUACAUUCUGUAUCGUUCAUGCCCAUUUUUCCAUAAAUACUAAUGUGCUUUCUUGGAGUAAAAAGGUGAAAAGGAACUUGGCCAUGCUUGCUAAGAUCUACAACAAGAAUAAAUCUUGUGUGAAACUGAUGAAGAAAAAGGAAAUUUAUGUCAGUUUUGCUGUUGAAUCUGGAACUACAGGAGGUUAAGAUGGCACAUGCAUUGAAUUUGCGUAUGUAUGGCCAGUUUCGGAAAAGAUGUUUCACAGUGGUUGGUACUGUCCGUGUUUGAGGUGUAACAUUUGGAUGAGGGGUGACAACCGCAGAUGGCACUGUAUGCUGUGUGGACACGUGGGCCUGGUUCUCUGAAUUGGCAUAGUGCAUUUGAGACUCAUUCACGGUAUUGCUCACAACAGUAGUGUGCUGGUGUUCAUUGGUAGACAGUACCCAUGUGAUGACAGCUGUGCCAUCUCUUCUGUAUCUGCUCACUGACAGUCGAGUUAUUUCCAAUUUGAAAGUGAUAUGAUGAUUGAAAUAUAUAGUCAAAAUGUGGAUUUUUUUUCUCCUCCUUUUUACUCUGUGUAUUUUAAAACUUGUUCAGU